ACAUGUCAGUAUAAUACUGACAGUAUUGAACAGCACAUUUAUUUGGAUGUGACGGUUCAACGAUAGAGUCAGAAUAAAAAUGUUUUCAAUUUUUUUUGCUAGUGCUGUAUUCAUCUGCAUUACAAGUCAAGUAAAGGCUUAUGAUGAAUUCAAAGUAAUUAAAACCAGUAAUGGUGAAGUGCGUGGUCUACGAAAUACAACACUAUUUAAAAAUAUUCCAUUUUAUUCGUACAAAGGCAUUCCAUAUGCAAAGCCACCAAUUGGAGAAUUAAGAUUCAAGGCUCCUGAACCGGUAGAAUCAUGGAAUGGCAUUUUGGAUGCAUUUGAUCAUGGUGAUAUGUGCAUACAACCUUCAAUUUUUUGGCCAGUAUCAUUUUCGCAAAGUGAAAAUUGCCUGACACUAAAUAUUUAUGUACCAGCUGAAGUGAAAACGAAUGAAAAAUUGGCCGUAUUGUUUUUCAUUCAUGGCGGUGGAUUUACGGAUGGAUCAUAUCAUGAUGAUGUAUAUGGUCCAGAUUUUCUGCUUGAAAAGGAAACAAUUUUGGUAACCAUUAACUAUAGAUUGGGUUUAUUGGGAUUUUUAUCACUCGACACCCCUGAAUACUCAGGUAAUAUGGGUUUAAAAGAUCAACAAUUGGCAUUGGAGUGGAUUAGCAAAAAUAUCGGUCAUUUUGGAGGCGAUAACAAACGAAUCACUCUGUUUGGACAUAGUGCAGGCGGUGCGUCAACACAUUAUCAUAUUUUAUCAUCUGAAUCACGAAAAUAUUUUCGAAAUGCCAUUCCAAUGAGUGGAUCAGUCUUAAAUUAUUGGGCACUGUCGCCCGAAAAAAAUCAUUUAUCGCGUAUUUAUCGAAUUCUCAAAGAGGAAUUGGAUGAACCAAAGAAUUCGUUUGAAGAGUUAUUGGCCUUCUUGAAAGAGGCCCCGGCAAAACUGUUCAAUAAAUUUUCUACAAUAGAAGUUUAUAAUUAUGUGCGUUAUACAGUACCAUUUGGGCCGAUCGUGGAAAGAAAGGAUGCAAUACGUCCAUUUAUUUUGGAAUCUCCAGAAAAAUUGUACAAAACAUCAAAGAUUAACGUUGAUACAAUGUUCAGCCUUACAAAUCUAGAAGCCAUGUCGUUGAUUCCAAAGACACCAGCAUCAUUAUUGAAUGCGUUGAAUGCCAAUUUUAAUUUACCUUUGCCAUUUAAUACCAUCGAUUUACCACUUGAGUCUGAUGAGCAUUAUAAUUUAUCGAAUCAAAUUCGAAAUUUCUAUUUCGGUGAUGCAAAAAUUGAUGAACAAGCGAUUCCAAAGUUUUUUGAAUAUGUAUCCGAUUUUAAUUUUGCCUUGGGCAUUGACAAAUCCAUCAAAUUACAUGCAAAGCAUACAACAGCCAAAAGUUAUUAUUUGUGGUUUUCGGUUGAUUCAACGCUAAAUUUAUUCAAACGAUUCGAUAUAUUUAAGCGUGGUGAUGUUUUGGAACUGCCUGGUGCCGCUCAUGCCGAUGAUCUAUGCUAUUUAUUUAGAUGUGGCGCAGCUCAAUCAUACUAUGAUCAAAUCAUCGAAAAUAAAAACGAUGAUCAAUCGAAAAUAAAUUUCCAAACAAUUGAUUAUAUCACCAAAUUGUACACGAACUUUGCAAAAUAUGGUAAACCAACGCAUCAGAACGAUCCAGUCAGUGGAUUCAAACCGAUUCAUAACGAGGACAUUCAUUUUCUUGAUGUUAAUAAUGAUGGAUUGACAACUGGUUUGAAGCCGCAUCAAAAAGUGUUCGACUUUUGGUCGAACAUCGAAAAACAAGCCAAACAAGCAAUUCAACAUGUCAAACAAAAACGAGACGAAUUGUAAAAUAAUGAACAUUCACUUGGUGUAAUCGAUACAUGAAAAAAUGGUGAAAGAUUUUUCGUUUCGUUGAAAAAAAAAAUAUAUUCGAUUUUAUCUUUAAUUGAACAUAGAUAGUUGAUGUAUUUGGAUUUUUUUCGAAUAAAAUAAAAAAUGUUGUAUGAAAUGACGAGAAAA